AAGCGAGUGUGACGCAAAUGGUCCGAGCUCUGCACUUCUACACUUCUUUUUUGCGGAAAUUCGCGCAAUUUGGCCGAUCGUUAGCCUGGUCGUUUCAGUCUUACGAAACUUGUAAUGUGAGGCUAGGAAGCGGUUAUCUCGUUAUUUCAUGUAAUUUUUGAUAAUUUAAAGGCUUUGCACGAUCAUUUGGCGCUUGUUACACGCCUUUGAACUUGAAUUUAAUAAUUUUAUACUUUUUUAAAUAGAAUUGUCGAGAUAACUGUGUCAAAUGUCGCAUUCUGUAUUAUUAAUUUAGGAUAAGAUUACUAUAGUCAAUGAAUAAUUAACGAAUAAUGUUCAGAGAAAAUAAUUAACAGUAACUUAUAAAUAAAAGCUCUAACCGGAUGUUCCACAACUGAUAGAAAUAUUAUGACUAAUCAAAAUAAAAUUUAAACUAACAUUUGAAUAAGCGCGCUUCACAGAAAAUAAAUAAGUUCAGUUUGCGCAACGGUUUUAAAUGAUACGAGACCAACUUCAUGUAGUGUGAUAUUCAUUUUCCGUUUACAUUUGAUCUUAGCUUUGUUUAAUUCGCAAAAGUCGUUGCACCGUCAAUCACCUGCGAUCGUUUAUUUUUCUAUUGACGUCAAUAUAUUCUUGUGAAAAUGCCUGAAAUAGGGAUCAAUGGUAAGCUUGCUGCAGAAAAUGGAAGUGUAGAAGAUGGUGGUGAUCUUGGAGAUUCUCCUCCUGGUUCUCCUGCAAUACACUUUGAACCUGUAGUUCAACUUCCUUUAGUGGAAGUGUCAACAAAUGAAGAAGAUGAACUGGAAAUGAUUAAAUUGAGAGCAAAGUUGUAUCGUUAUGACACAACUGAUAGUCCUGCAGAGUGGAAAGAAAGAGGAACUGGGGAGGUGAAACUACUCCAGCAUAAAACUAAAAAUACUGUGAGAAUUGUUAUGAGAAGAGAUAAAACUUUGAAGAUAUGCGCAAAUCACUUUGUUUGGCCGUGGAUGGAACUUAAUCCAAAUUGUGGAAGUGAUCGUGCAUGGGUUUGGAGUGCUCUUGCUGAUUUUGCAGAUGAACAACCAAAACCACAACUCCUUGCUAUUAGGUUUGCUACUGUAGAGAAUGCCAAACUUUGGAAGGAGACAUUUGAAAAAGCAAAGAAAAUUGUUGAAUCUGAUUGCGAAGCUUACUCUGGAAAACCUGAUACAAAUGAUAGUGACAGUGAAACAAGCUACUCAGAUAGCGAGGAUGAAUUAAAAUCUAAAGUGCAGGCUAAAGAAGUAUCAUCUACAAGCUCAACAACAGACACUACAAAGCUUUCCAAAGACAAAACUUCAGAUACAAAAUCUACAGAUGAGGUAACAACAAAUCUUGAAAAAUUAAAGGUUAAGGAGCAAGAAUAGUUUUCAUUAAUAAUUGAAGACUAACAAACUGCAAGAAUGGUGUGAGAUUCUGAUAUUUAAUGAAUGAGAUCAAUACAUUCCUGCCAGUGUGCACAAAUGUAGUGUCAAAUAGAAUCUAAAUGACGCAAGUUUUAGAGAGAAUCGAUAAACAAAGCUGAUUGUAUGAAUCUUUUAUUGCAUGAAAAAUUUUUAAUAAUCACCAGUUGUAACAAGUUUGAGUAAUGAAUCUGAAACUGUUUAAUUAAGAAUGAUAUUUAUACUGAUAUUGUACAUGAUAUCUGUGAUUUUGUAAGCAAAAAAUGCAGUAUGACAAAUGUAGAAUCUUCACUGGCUAGUGAUCACUAAAUUAUACAAAUGCUACAUUGUAAAAUGGUAAAAAUGCAUUCAAUAGAUGCUAUAAUACUUUGUAAAAGAUUUUUUAUUUAAUGAAUCCUGAGUAUUAACUUUCAGUUGAUAAUUCAAUGGAAAAUUUAGGAACAUUAGUUAAGUAGUAUAUCACAAACCAGCAAAAACUAAUCUUUUAAGUAAUUUUUAACAAAUUAUUGACAACAAUCUGUCUGUAUUCACUACUAUAAGCUUAUUGUUGAAUCAAUUGUUACGCAAAUGUACUCUUAACUUACAAAAAAAUAGAACAUUAAUAAGAUAUGGAUUGUUCACACUUUUGCUGAAUUUUUGAUCCAGUAAAUAUGUAAUGUCGCACGCAAUAGUAAUGACUAAUAUGCAUACUUUAAUGAA